AUGACUCCCAUCCUGACCACAGCCUUGACUGGUCUGCUGCUUGCCGGUGGCGUACUAGCAAAACAUGAUAUUGUGCCGGGCGCAGCCUGGACUGCUAGCAACACAGGUCGCCAUAUCCAAGCUCAUGGCCAUGGCAUCACCUACGAGGAUGGUGUCUACUACAUGAUUGGAGAGGAGAAGUCCGAGGGAUCCAGCUUUCAGGCCGUCAACUGCUACUCGUCUACGAACUUGGUUGACUGGGACUUUGUGGGCAACCUAAUCAGCCGAGACGACAGUGAGCCUGAUCUUGGGCCGAACCGAAUCAUUGAGCGUCCCAAAGUUCUCAAGAACGAUCAGACGGGGAAAUACGUCCUGUUCUUGCACGUGGACUCAUCCGACUACAAAGAUGCGCGCGUUGGCUGGGGCACCGGCGACACCAUAUGCGGCGAAUACAACUACCUCGGCAGCUCAAGGCCGUUGGGCAAGCAAAGUCGUGAUAUUGGCGUCUUCAAGGAAGAAGACGGCACGGCUUAUCUUUUGACUGAAGAUCGUGAAUAUGGAACCCGCAUCAUGAGACUCUCCGAGGACUACCUGUCCGUGGAAGAGAUCACCAUGGAGUGGGAGUAUUUUGCUGAAUCUCCUGCCAUGGUCAAGCGCGGCGGCACCUACUACAUUUUCGGGUCACACCUGACGGGCUGGAACCCCAACGACAACGUGUACAGCACCGCCCAGAAUCUGUCCGGGCCGUGGACUGAGUGGACCGAGUUUGCACCUGUGGGAACAAACACCUACUCCAGUCAAGUAUCAUUCGUCCUACCUCUUGGCGACGACAAUGCCAUCUACAUGGGCGACAGGUGGUUUCCAAACAACCUGGGUGCUAGCGAGUACAUCUGGCUGCCCCUCCAGAUCGACGGCAACACCGUCCGUCUGGACUGGUACGACAACUGGUCUGUCGACAUGGAGGCGGGGACGUGGCAGCCAGGAUUCCCGUACGCAGAGUACGAAGCGGAAGCCGCAGAGCUGUCCAACGAGGCCAGGCUGCUCGACUGUGGCGGGUGCAGCGGCUCCCAGAUGGUGGGCUACAUUGGGGGUCCCCAGGGCGGGACCGUAUCUUUUGACGUGGAAGCGGCAUGCGACGGCGACGUGACCUUGGUGCUGAAGUAUCGCAACGGCGACAAGGUCACCACCACGACGUUUGGGGCGCGCAAUGCCAUUGUCUCGGUGGGUGGCGUAGAGCAAACUGUCGACUUCCCCUCGACUAGGCACAAGGGCGGACAGACGGCCGAGAGUGUUGUCCAAACUGCGGUCAAGGAGGGCAGCAAUAUUGUGGCCGUUUCGGGGGCUGAUGGCUGGGGCCCAGACCUUGACGUUCUCCUGGUUCCAGGGUUAAGCUGUGGUUCUUAG